AUGAUAACCUUUCUUAUGGUACAAAUCAUUUUGGCUGCUCUGGCAUGCUUCCUCGUGUAUCAAACGAAGAGUCGGAAGAAGACUCGACUGCGCUUUCCUCCCGGGCCGAAACCCCUCCCUUUGGUGGGCAACAUCAUGGAUCGUCCCCCAAAGGGGCUCCCAGAGUUUCGGUAUUGGCUUAAGCACAAAUAUAUUCAUGGCUCAAUUAGCUCUGUCACCACGAUGGGACAAACGGUUGUCAUCAUCCAUGACAAGAAUGUGGCCCGCGAUCUCUUAGAGAAGAAUUCGACACAAUGCUCGGGCCGUCCAGUGAUGGAGUUCGCGAUUAGAUUGUGUGGCUACGGCGGUUUUCUAGGUUUCCAACAGCCUAACGAGAGCUUCCGCCGAAGUCGCAAGCUUGUGCACCAGCAACUGGGUACCAAAAGUGCUGUGCGCCAGUUCCAUAACAUUCAAGAAGUAGAAGUGCGGCGGUUUCUCCUACGGGUUCUAGAUUGUCCUGAGGCCAUCCUCAGCCAUUUGAAAAGCGAGGCAUCUGCCAUUAUCCUAAAAAUGACUUAUGGGUAUUCCAUUCAACCAACUGACUCCGACCCUCUUGUUGAAAUGAUCAACCGCAUGAUGUCCAAUCUUUCUGCCGCCACCGUUCCCCUGGCCUGGCUGGUCGAUAUCUUUCCUGGUUUGAACUAUAUCCCGGAUAGAUUCCCAGGAGCUGCAUUCAAGCAGACGGCACGGCAGUGGAACAAGACCCUUCAGGCAGUAGUGGAUGGUCCCUAUUUGUUUGUUCGGCGGCAGAUGAAGACCGGUAACUAUCGGCCGUCAUACGUCUCCAAGCUAGUUCACGAAUACUGCGAUGGUGACACGGAGAAGAUGAGAUUGAGCCCAGAAGAUGAGCUUGCUAUUAAGUGGACUGCUGCACAAAUGUAUGCCGGUGGCGCAGAUACCAGUGUGUCAACUUUGAAAAGCUUUGUUUUGGCGAUGGUUAUGUUCCCCGAGGUUCAGCGAACGGCACAGGAGGAAAUUGAUCGUGUUGUCGGUACUGAUCGACUUCCGGGGUUUGAGGACCGAGAUAACCUACCGUAUAUCGAGGGUGUAGUCAAAGAAGCCCUCAGAUGGUCCCCUGUUUUUCCGUUGUGUGUUCCACACGCGGCAUCCGAGAGCUUUGUCUACAACGGCUAUCUCAUCCCGAAAGGAGCUAUCAUACUUCCGUCUAUAUGGUGGUUUCUUCACGAUCCCAAGGUAUACGCAGACCCUGAUACUUUCAACCCAAAGCGGUACCUGGAUCCAUGCAGCGAGCCGGAUCCCAGGACAGAGGCAUUUGGCUACGGGCGCAGGGUAUGCCCGGGAAGGUACUUAGCCGACGCAAAUAUCUUCCUCACCAUCGCGCAGCUACUAUCAGCUUUCAACAUCAGGAAGGCAGUUGAUGAGCAGGGGAUGGAGAAAGAAUACAAACUUGAGGUAUUUCCUGGGCUCAUUAGUCAUUUAGCAGACUUUCCUUAUGAAAUUGUACUUAGGAGUACAGAAAAAGCAGAGCUGAUCAGAAGCAUCGAGGUCGAACACCCCUGGGAAGAGAAUGACGCUGGUCUCCUGGAUGCCAUGAUGGACCAGUUUUAA